AAACGUUUACCGGCUAGUCCCCGCCCUGAACGCGUCAGUCAGUCAGUAGGCUAUAGUCUUUGUGCAUCACAAACAGGAACAUUGAACUAGCUUGCAGUCAGAAAUAACGGAAAGCUGAGGACCACACCAGAUCCACAGGGACAUGAUUGCCGCUGCUGCCCUAAAAAACACCCAUCGAAAAACCGCUAUAGAAUCUAGGCUGUCAGGCGGAUAUCACUAGGCGGGAGCCAUGAUUCCUGUGACGGAGUUCCGGCAGUUCUCAGAGCAGGAGCCAGCAUUCCGGGUUCUGAAGCCCUGGUGGGAUGUGUUCACAGACUACCUCUCUGUGGUCAUGUUAAUGAUCGGAGUGUUCGGAUGCACCCUACAGGUGGUGCAGGACAAAAUCAUCUGCCUUCCACAGAGAAUAUCAAUGGCGAACCAAACAAUACCCUUACCAAAUAAAACCGAGCUGGUCUCACCUGUAGUGUCGCAGGAUGUGCAUGAGAUGAUGGGCCUGAAAACCAACCUGGACCUUCAACAGUACAGCUUCAUAAACCAGAUGUGCUACGAGAAAGCCCUGCACUGGUACGCCAAGUACUUCCCUUACCUAGUCCUCAUACACACCCUCAUCUUCAUGGUGUGCAGCAAUUUCUGGUUCAAGUUCCCAGGCUCCAGCUCUAAGAUAGAGCAUUUCAUCUCCAUCUUGGGAAAGUGCUUUGACUCCCCCUGGACUACUAGAGCUCUGUCUGAGGUGUCUGGAGAGAACCCAGAGGAGAAGGUAUUGUUGGACAACAAGAACAACAGUGCCAGCAAAACGAUCCUCAACGUGUCUGUAGAGGGGAACCUGGACAGCCUGGAGAAGACCCAGUCCCUCAAAUCCAUCCCAGAGAAGAUCGUAGUGGACAAGCCCACAGCCAGCGCUCUGGAUAAGAAGGAAGGAGAACAGGCCAAAGCUCUAUUUGAGAAGGUAAAGAAGUUCCGCCUGCACGUAGAAGAGGGGGACAUCCUCUACGUUAUGUAUGUUCGCCAGACUGUUCUAAAAGUGUUCAAGUUCCUCCUCAUCAUCGCGUAUAACAGUGCUUUAGUCUCUGAGGUGCAGAUCACAGUGAAGUGCAGUGUGGACAUACAGGACAUGACGGGAUAUAAGCAUUUCUCCUGUAAUCACACCAUGGCCCACCUGUUCUCUAAGUUGUCGUACUGUUACCUGUGCUUCGUGGCUGUGUACGGAUUCACCUGCCUCUACACUUCCUAUUGGCUCUUCUACCGCUCACUGAAGGAGUACUCCUUUGAAUAUGUGCGGCAAGAAACGGGAAUCGAUGACAUCCCAGACGUGAAGAAUGACUUUGCCUUCAUGCUGCACAUGAUCGACCAGUACGACCCACUGUACUCCAAAAGGUUUGCAGUGUUCCUGUCUGAGGUCAGUGAGAACAAACUGAAACAGCUGAAUCUGAACCACGAGUGGACACCAGAGAAGCUGCGUCAGAGACUGCUGACCAACCAUAACAACAGAUUGGAGCUGCAGCUCUUCAUGCUGUCUGGGCUCCCAGACACCAUCUUCGAGGUGACAGAGCUCCAAUCCCUGAAGCUAGAGAUCAUCAACAAUGUAACCAUCCCAGCCUCCAUCGCACAGCUGGAAAACCUCCAGGAGCUAUCUCUGUAUCAGUGUUGCUUAAAGAGCCACACCACAGCCACUUCCUUCCUCAAGGAUAACCUUAAGGUGCUCAGGGUAAAGUUUGAUGACAGCAGGGAACUGCCUCAUUGGCUGUACCAUCUGCGGAAUCUAGAGGAGCUCUAUCUCAUUGGCUCACUGAGUCCUGACGCGUCUAAGAAUGUGGUUCUGGAGUCUCUAAGGGAGCUGAAGAAUCUGAAGACCCUCUCGCUCAAAAGUAACUUUACAAAGAUUCCUCAGUCCAUCGUAGACGUGUCCAGCCACCUGCAGAGGCUGUACGUUUACAACGAUGGCACCAAGCUGGUGAUGCUCAACAACCUGAAGAAGAUGGUGAACCUGACUGAACUGGAGCUGGUGCACUGUGACCUGGAACGCAUCCCACAUGCUGUCUUUAGCCUCACGAACCUACAGGAGUUGGACUUGAAGGAAAACAACCUGCGCUCCAUUGAGGAGAUAGUCAGCUGCCAGCACCUCCACAAGCUGACGUGCCUGAAACUCUGGCACAACAGUAUCUGCUACAUCCCUGAGCACAUCAAGAAGCUGGGCAGCCUGGAGCGCCUCUACUUCAGUCACAACAAGAUAGAGAUCUUGCCCUCGCACCUGUUCUUAUGCAACAAGCUUCGUUACCUGGAUCUGUCCAACAACGACAUCCGGUUCAUUCCGCCGGAGAUUGGCGUCCUACAGAGUCUUCAGUAUUUCUCUGUCACGUGCAACAAGAUCGAGAACCUCCCAGACGAGAUCUUCUUUUGCAAGAAGCUCAAAACCCUUAAGCUGGGCAAGAAUACGCUGUCAUUGCUCUCACCAAAGAUCUCAUACCUGGUUCUAUUGACACAUCUGGAACUGAAGGGCAACCAUUUUGAGCUCCUGCCUCAAGAGCUGCGGUUCUGCCGGGCGUUGAAGCGUGGCGGCCUAGUGGUGGAGGACGUCCUGUUUGAAACCUUGCCUUCGGAUAUCAGAGACAAAAUGAAGGCUGAGUGAAAUGCCUUACAGAAUCUGUGCAAAAGGCCAUGCGAUACAUUACUAUUCUGUCCAGGGGGUGUACUUGUGCAUCAUGCAGCCUCACACUACAUAAACAGGAGAUUGGCUCCUGUCCUAAGGGCCUAUCUGGCUCGGACAAAGCAAGUUACUUAUAUGUGCAAAAAGAAAAUGCCAAUCUUGUCUUAAUCUGACAAUCAUAGUCUACCAAAAUGGUAGAUUUUACUGUAUACUUAGUUUAUCAUGAUCAAACUCUAAAGUAGUAUACUGUUCUGGGGUGGAAAUUGUGAUAUUCAUGCACAGCAAAUUCUCCAGUGUUAAAUCAACACAACACUUAUAAAGAUCCACAUGAUUAACACUUUUAGUGUUAUGCAAUAACACUUCAUAUAGUAUUUUUAACACUAGGAAGUGUAUAUAGUUUACACUAAUGGUGUUAUGCAAUAACACCUUAUAUAGUAUUUUUUAACCAUUACGCAAAGAGCUCUGUGUCUGUUGACAAGGUCGCUUGUGUUGGAUUAAGGAGAUUACAAUAAUAAUAACGUAUUUAAUGCUACUUGUUAUUAUGUAAGCAUUUACAAAGUCUUCAGGACUAGCAGAAGACAUAUUCUAACUUAAACAAGUAUAACCAUAGACCACUUAAACUGAUACAACACUUCCAUUCAUGGGUGCCAAAAACAACGAAUUUAAAGCCAUGCCUCAACUAAGCCACACCUCCAAUUUAAUUUCCCAGUGCCUUGCCUUUUCAAGUUAAUUGUAGAUUUACCACCCAUGACAGUAUUUGUUAGUGACAGAGACAUGGUUGUUGAAUUUAUUAAUUUCACUCCUUUGGACUUCCCACUAGAGGUGAAUGUUAUCAUUAAAAUAUAAUGCUUUAGGACAAUACGUUAAAUAUAUAAGGCAUUACUUUGAUGGCCAAGUUUUACCCUAACAGUGGUGCUAGGACAAUCCUGGUUUACAGGCCACAUCUGCAAGUCACAUUAUGGAGCCUUGCAAAGGGAUGUAAUUCCUAUAGGAAACCAGGCAGAUUUUUAAUCAUUCAGUAUGUCUGUAAGGGUUAGGAACAUUGUGAGGAGACUACCUAAGUCAGGGAUGGGCAACUCCAGUCUUCAGGAUCCAGAAGGGUGUCACACUUUUCCCCAUCCCUAGCAAACACAGCUGAUUAAACUAAUUAUGUUCUAAAUUAGCUAGGGCAAAAUGGUGACACCAAUCAGGCACCUCGGGGCCCGAGUUUCCCACCCCUUAUCUAAACCAUUUCAACUGGAACAGCCAUUUAAGUAAUAGUUGCAUUUAUUGCAUCCAUCUGAUUGGAUUAGUUGAGAAAAAUUGUAUUUGUGUACCAUAAUAUUAAUCAAUCAAUGUACAUGCAAAAACACAGAUAUUAAAAACAAUCCUAAAAAUGACUACCUCCAGUAGAGCAUGCUGGGAAAUGUGAUAAUGAUGGGCAUGGUUUUAUUGGGAAUGUUUUACUCUCCGCGGAGUAAAACUGACACAAUCACAUUCUCACACUUAACAUUGGAUAUAAACACUAACACUGGGGUUAUUUUACACUACUGAGUGUUAAUUUCAGAUUUAAUUUAACUCCUGACUCAACACUAGAAAUGUUACACUGAAAAAUCAACACCAGGUAACACUGGCCAAUUUGCUGUGUGGGUGUAUGUUUUGAGUAAUAUGUCUAAGUGUUACUUCAUGUCAGAAUGGAAUAAAGCUUUGUGAUGUAAUGAAAUGGUUCUUAACAAUAUAAUUAGUCACAGGAAAGGUAUAUUUUGUAAUGGGGCUGUGUUCAUCUGCACCUGCCCGCAAUUGCUAAUAACCCAUCCGCAACCGCCCGUCUAUAUGUGAUAAAGUGAAAAUCUAACUUGCUUAUAUAAAAAAAUGUGCUGUAGGAUAGUGUGAGAUGUCGGAACGAUUUGACAGGGGGUGCAGGAUUCUUUUUUUGCCUGAUUUAGAUACGUUUCUGGUUAUAAUAUCCAACAUUUUGUAGGCUAUCUGUUAUUCAACUUGUCAUUAGGCCAAUAUGUUGCCCUAGAAGACUAAAUAAACCUUUGAUCACCAGAA